UCUAUGUUUUACGUCGAGUUAGAUACACAUAAGAAAAUAAAAACGUUCUCCAAAAAUCCGCAUUUGUUUUUCAGCAACAAGUCCGGAUUCAUAUUUGUGUUCGAAUUCUACUUCUAAGAAUUCUAUCCAAUGCACUAGAAUUGUAAUAAAACAUCAUAGUUAAUAAACUAAUAUCAUAAUUAAUAAAUACUAGGCUGUAAUAAUAGUCAAAUAAUGAAUAAAACAUUUCUGUUAGAUACUGAAUCGAGGCAGCAGUUAAUGACCUACAAUAGUUUAUAGACAUAAGAAUGUGGUGCAUCGCGACAUUUUUAUCUGUUUACAUUUGCUAUGUGCAGAAUUUAAAUGUUAUUUUCACAUGGUGACACGUCACUAUUUGAACAAAAUUGAUAUAAUGACAUUAAUGUCGUUUUACCUAACUUGUGUUCCUGACUGUACACUUAUUGAAAGUAAACUACCAAUAUUUCCAGAGAAAAAUGACAUUAAAAGUUCGAAUAUAUUCAGUCAAGCAGAGGAAGGAAAAAUCAUCUCAAAUGAUGACAAAAGCUUUAAACUGAAUUUUCCAUUUCUGCACGACCAUGCUACUGUUAAAUAUCUCAAAGACUCAAAAGUUAUGUUUAUAAUGAGAGGUCUGCCUGGUUCUGGAAAAUCAACAAUUGUCAGAUCCAUCCAGUCCACUUAUCCCAUAAGUGCCGUCUGCUCGGCAGACGAUUACUUUUUAAAAGAUGGAGUCUACAACUUUGAUCCCAACAAACUUGGCCCUGCACAUGAAACCUGCAGGUUACGGACAGAGCAGCACUGUCAGAGUGGAUGCCCUGUUGUAGUCAUCGACAACACCAAUGUCAAGCGCUGGGAGAUGAAAGAAUAUCUAGAUCUGGCAUUGAGGACUAACUAUGUUGUUGUUCUGGUUGAGCCGCAGACUCCAUGGAAAUUUGAUGCCAGAGAACUUGCAAGAAGAAAUAAACAUGGUCUAAGUGAAGAAAUAUUGCAGUACAAAGUGCGGCUGUUCCAGGAUUUUAUGCCAAGUUAUUAUGGCUGGUUUUUUAAUGAAGCAGAUUCAAGAUAUUUUCUCCGUAUGGGCAGGAAGCUCGUUGAGGAAUGUGUCGACAAGAUACCAGAACUAAAACAGAGCCUGCUGGCACAGUUUAGACGCAGACAGGUUUAUAUUCCAGCUCACACUGAUGCAAAAGCCAUAGUGAACUAUUUCCGACGACAAAACGGCAAUACUCUUAUACACUGCACAUCGAAAUUCCUCGCUCAUGGCAGGGUCCCAUGUGCCGUUGAUUAUCAUCUGCGGGCGGACGUGCAAGGGAACUGUGGCAAGGCUUCAUGUCUAACUGUCACCAGCAUCAUAAUCACGGAAAGAACAGUGGGAGCCCGGGUCAGGCUGAGCAAACAACAGCUGCAGCUUUUUGACAAACCUGAAGAAAGAGAAAGAGAUGAACUGAUGGCGAAGGCAGAAGAGUCUCCAUCACAAGAGUUUGCCAGCAGAGGUGGUGCUUCAGAGAAUAUGGAGGGAAAGCCUCUAAGAAAACAGUUUGCCGCAUUAGAGUUAUCUUCUGAUGACAAAUCUACAAUGAAGAUCAAUCCAUUUAAACUGAAAAAUGGAAAGAUUUCUAAAAACGGGUCUGCUGAUGCCAAAUCAAUUAAUGAGUCUGAAUCAAAUAUGUAUAAAAUUGUACGUUCAAAACCAUUCAAUAACCAUGCAUCUCUCAAACCGCUGUGCAAGCGUAAAGAAGUGAAGGCACAGCCAAAUCUUCAUAUGAUGUCUGCAUCCAGAUUUGGUAGGAGUGCCCACAUUACGCUGGCCACGGCAGAAGGAAUAGAAUCACGACAAACCACUUUUGAUAUUUUAGAUAUAUGUGAGGUUGAAGCCGAGUGCCCAUUUGAGGGCAGGGAUUCUGUGCCAGUUCUUGGUGGUCGUGCAGUCUACUUGGGUGAAGGGAUGUGCUGCAUCUAUCUGUACAAACCUUUGGUCUUUGGCAGUUUGUUUUCUGGGCACUACUGAAUCUGACAGUCCAGGGUCCGUGCUUAUAAAACGUUUAGAGUCCAGACUCACUCUAAUGAGGUCACACGCAUACAACUUGUAUGGCGUUGUCAUGACAUUAGUAUCUCAGACUCUAUUGGAGUCUCGAGUCUAAACUCUAAAGGUUUUAUAAGCACCAGGCCAGAUAGUGUUUGCUGUUUGUAUCGACGUUCCGUAUUGAGAGUGUUCCUCAGAAGUACAUUCUGAGAAUAAUAUAUUCAGUCAUUGGAACCAAUGAAGAAGAAGAAGGAAAUAUUGUAUUUAACGACGCACUCAACACAUUUUAUUUAUGGUUAUACAGGUGCGGAUGUUUAAAGGGACAUUCCCGAGUUUGCUGCAAUGUUUAAGA